UCGGGUGCACCUACCACCAACAGCCCGAAACGAAUACAAAUAAAUAGGGACACAAUGCUUUAUCGCUGAGUUUUUCACAGAAAUGUUUGAGGAUCGACUAGGAAUGCCUUCGAGAUCACCAGUGGAUCGCGAUCGACCACUCCUCUAGAAAGUUGAGUGAAGUUCAAUCUCGAUCUUCUCUCUGUGGGCUAAUAUUUCUGAGUGCAGUCCCGGAGAGGCUGCGCGGCAGUUUCGAGGGGAGGGGAGAGGAAAACUGAAAACUAGCUUUUAUUGGCAGAGAAUGGCUGAACCUCGUUUUAAUAAUCCCUACUUCUGGCCUCCAACCCCCACCAUGCCUGGGCAGAUGGAUAAUAUUGUGUUGAUCAACAAGAUCAAGGAACAGCUGAUGGCUGAGAAGAUCAGACCACCCCACCUGCCGCCUUCCACAGUUCCCUCCCAACGGCAACUACUGGGGAAUCCUACACAGACAGGUGGGCAGCAAGUCCAGAUGUCAGUUCAGAAACUGCAGCAGAUGCAACAAUGUCUCCAUGUCCACAGCUCGUCCCAGCCAGACAUUGCCCUGCACACCCGGACGGCCUCCAGCUCAGUCGCAGGACGUAUUCUUGGUGAUGAAAAUGUGAAUCUGGACGAUAAGACGGCUCUAAAAGCAAGAGGAUUGUGGGAAGACUGGCAUUUGCGUCAAAUCAUUGACCAACCCUCUAGAACGAAUCACCUAUCAGGUCUGGCACUUUCCUCUCGAACUGGCAACCAUAACACCUCCGUCACUCUGACCACACCCACCUCCAACAGCCAGAGCCGGCUAGGCGGAGCCCUCUCGCCUCAUCAUGUCCUCUCCAGCUUGGCCAGUGGCCCUGGGAUGGAGCAAAUCAAAAGUAACGGGGGCCUUGCUGGACUGCUGGGGCGAGGGCGUAAGAAGAUAAAAGCCGAGAACAGUGGUGGCCCUUUGUUGGUGGUGCCUUACCCAAUCCUCGCUUCAGGCAACAACCAAUCCUGCCACACCAUCAUCCCCAAAGAGGGAAAAUGCUACAGGUGUAAAUUGUGCCCACUGACCUUCUUCUCCAAGUCAGACAUGCAGAUCCACUCCAAGUCCCACACAGAGGUCAAGCCGCAUAAGUGUCCCCACUGCUCCAAAUCUUUCGCCAACGCAUCCUACCUGGGCCAGCACCUCCGCAUACACCUGGGCGUCAAACCUUAUCACUGCUCUUACUGUGAGAAAUGCUUCCGCCAGCUCUCCCACCUGCAGCAGCACACCAGAAUUCACACUGGGGAUCGGCCCUAUAAAUGUGCCCAUCCAGGUUGUGAAAAAGCCUUCACCCAGCUCUCCAAUCUGCAGUCUCACCAGAGACAGCACAACAAAGACAAGCCCUACAAGUGUCCAAACUGCUACCGUGCCUACUCGGACUCAGCCUCAUUGCAGAUUCACUUGUCUGCGCAUGCCAUCAAAAACGCCAAGGCCUACUGCUGCAGCAUGUGUGGCAGAGCCUACACCUCAGAGACCUACCUUAUGAAGCACAUGUCUAAACACACGGUGGUGGAACACCUGGUGAGCCAUCACUCUCCAGUCUCCCAAUGUCCCCAUACAGAUCUCCCUCAUCUGAGCAAUUCACCCUGACACCCUACCCCUGACCCUCAUGGAGGAACCCCCAUCACUCUCCACAGAGGACAGUCUCCCAAUGUCCCCAUACAGAUCUCCCUCAUCUGAGCAAUUCACCCUGACACCCUACCCCUGACCCUCAUGGAGGAGCCCCGUAUAAGGUCACCCCUCCACUUAAGCGUAAUCAAUCCUAAAUAUUGGCCUUUGUUUGUUUUCCCCUGUGCGGGUUCCAAAAAUGUUCCAGACUGUAUUUGUACCUUAUCAAAAGGUGCCAAGACUCUUUUUUUUAUUUUUAUUUUUUAUUUCGUCAUCUGUGGUUGGGGAAUGUUUCAGACAUCCAAAAAAGAUUUUACAACACUUUCAGGCCUCAUGGUGGAGUAAAACCCUUUUUGGCCUAUGCUAAGACAAUAAAAAGCAUUGCUCCAGGCAGCUAAAAACAUUUACCCUAGGUGUUAUAAAGCAUUAAAUGACCAUUUUUAUAUUGUUAUUCUCCCUUUACUCUUAGCAAAAGUAUAUUUGCAAUGAGAACUUUGUCUUCCUUUUAGUCAGGCCAAGAAGAUGAAUAGCUAAAUCAUUUAUUCAAGCAUUUCUUGUACCACUCCUAAUGUCAAUGUUUGCAUCAUUUUGUUACUUAAAAAGAAAAUGUUCUCAAGUAAGCUUUAUCACAUUUAAGUAUGUCUUUUAGACAACAAUGCACACUAAAUACUUUCCAAUUGGAGGGUCAAUACCUAUGUUUUAUUGUUGUAGUUGUAUUUUUUUUAUCUUGUUAUUGUCCAUGGUAUUAAAAAGUAAACUGUUCAAGGCUAUCCUGAAGAGCACUAAAAUAUAUUUUGAAUCUGA